GGGCGGGCUGAGGUCGUGCUUGCCUUACGUCCGUGGGGCCCUGGACAUAAAUCGCUGCUGCCGCCUAUCCGAGUUCAGCCCUCAAGAGUUCCCUACACCUGGGCCGGAUGUGCACAGCGUCACAAGGGCCGGUGGUUCCUAUGACAACUGGUGGGCCUGAGGCAAGGGGAGCGAAGACUUGACAGUGCACCCUGUGGCUCUGGCUGGGCUCCCCGGAGAAGGCGGGCAGCCAGGCACUUGCAGAGGGGGGCUGGGCUCACGGAAGUGAUCCGGAAGAGGAGUGCUAGCAGACAAUGAACUUCCAGGUGACAGGCCUGGCCCUGGACAAAAUGAAGCUGGACAGUCCACAUUCCUUCCUGGACUCAGAGGAGGUGGAGGAGGCAGAGGACCAGCAGCUGCUGGAGCCGGAGGCUUGGAGGACGUACAUGGAGCGUCGCAAUGUGCUGCGUGAGUUCCUGACCAUAGACCUGAGCCCCCAGUUGCUCAAGCGCCACCACGCCCGCAUGCAGCUGCUCAAGAAGUGCUCCUACUACAUUGAGGUCCUCCCUAAGCACCUGGCCCUGGGCGACCAGAACCCACUGGUGCUGCCUAACACCAUGUUCCAGCUCAUUGACCCCUGGAAGUUUCAGCGGAUGAAGAAGGUGGGCACAGCACAGACCAAGAUCCAGCUCUUGCUGCUCGGGGAUCUGCUGGAGCAGCUGGACCAUGGUCGGGCAGCACUAGAUGCCCUGCUGGAGGCUCCCGACCCACGGCCCUUCCUGGCUGGCUGGGGGCUUGUGGAGCAGCAGUUGGCAGACCUAUCGGUUGUCAUGGACAACUUCCUGGCCAUGAUGGUACCAGGGCAUCUGCAUGUCAAGCACCGCCUGGUAUCUGACAUUGGAGCCACCAAAAUCCCACACAUCCGGCUUAUGCUGAGCAUGAAGAUGCCAGUUAUGUUCGACCGGAAGGAGUCAGUGGCCCACCAAGACUGGGUCAGCCUCCGUUGGUUUGUUACCAUCCAACCGGCGGCACCAGAACAGUAUGAACUGCGCUUCAAGCUGCUGGAGCCGAGGACACAACAGGAGUGUACACAGUGCGGCAUAGUCCCUGUGGCUGCCUGCACCUUUGAUGUCCACAAUCUGCUGCCCAACCGUACCUACAAGUUCACUAUCAAGAGGGCAGAAAGUUAUACCCUGGUGUAUGAGCCCUGGCGGGACAGCCUCACCUUACAUACCACGCCAGGACCCCCUGAAGGACCUGCCCCCAGUCGGCUGGGCAAGCCCAGCCUGCCCCUGACCACACCUUCUGAGAGAUGAUUUUCUAAUAUUUAUCCACUAAUAAAGAGGAGUUUACACACACCAAAUUAAA